GUGCGCCUGCGUAGAACUGUUAUUGUUAGAAUUUUCAAAAUGGCGCUGUACAGGCGAUAGCUGCGGAUUGUGUUUGUAUAUCAUGCAGAUUUGUUUUUAUUAGAUGAACAACAUGGCUACCAAAUCUGCUGUUAAAACAUAUGGGAAGGCCAACAGAGAAGCUGCUCAGAGUAAAGCAUUUGACGAUGCUCUGAAACCAAAUUCUGCAGCAAACAGGUCAACAUCACAGACCAAGUGGGGCAAAACUUCAUUCAGUCGUUUAAGAGAAGAUGAUCCAUUUGAAGUCACAUGUAAAAAGGUCAAAAUAGAGACAGAGUCUGCAGAUCCUUUCUCUUUUGAUUUUGAAGAUGGUGAGACUGUGAAAAAAGAAGUUGUUCAAGCCCCUACUUUACCACCCCCUCCAUCUUCAACCUCAGGGAGUGGAUUAGGACGUCCUGCCAUCCCUAAUUUAAAGGUAUCACAUAAAGGCCAAGAACAAAGUGUAGAUAGUUCUGAGAAUGUAGAGGAAAGAACAGAAGAGGAGGAAGAUGAAAUUCCUCUGUCUAAUUUUUCUAGACGACCUGUACGUACAUAUUCACGUAGGAAAAAAGGAGGCAGUGAUGACCAAGAAUCAGGUGUUCAGUCUGUGACGGGUACCCAAGAAGAGAGAAAGAAUCAAGAACGGCCACAGAGAAGGGAUGUGUUUUCUGAUUCUCCAGAGAGAGAAAUAGAGGAUCCAUUUAUAGACCAAAAUAGUAAAAAGAAAACUACACGUACGUACACUAGGCGUAAAGAAGGUAAUGUUCCAAGAAUGAUCACUAGUAAAACACAUGUUUUACAUUCAGAAGAAGAUAGUGAAGAAGGGUUAACAGUGCUAAAUUUCAGAAGUCACUACAUGGAUCCUGCUGUAUAUAGUCAGUUCAAGUACACACCACAUAGUGAUGACCCUGUAGGGAGACUCAAUAACAGUAAAGUUCUACAAAAAUCAGAGAUCAAACACGGCAAGGGUUCCACAGUCAUUGUGGUUUGUUCUCCAAAGGUUCCCCCUGUUCCAGGACUGAAAAGUUAUCUCAAAGAAAAGCCUAGAGGCCCAAAAGCCAGCCAGGAAGAUCCUGUGUCCAGCUUCAAUCAGGUAUCAGACUUGGCUGAGGCAGCAAUAUUGGCAAAACAAGAAAUACAGACCCUGAAUAAAAAUACUAACUCAGCGUUUGACUUGACAGAAGAAAAUUCAGAUAACUUUACUACAGCCGCCCCUGUUCCACCAAGGUCCUUCACCAGGAAGACAAAGUCAUCUUCAGGGGGAUCAGCGGUUAGAGUCAAUAGAAUAUUUAAAAGUAAAAAUAGAAACCUUCCUGGAGAAGAAAUCAAGCGGGAAGAUUCACCAGUUAAAGAAGAGACACCACCCCCACCGUUACAGAACGAAGUUAUAGCAGAAAUUGAAAACAUUCAGCAAAAUCCUGCUGAGAAUUCAUUUGGUUUUGAUGAUGGUGAAGAGUCUGAAAUGCCAGAUAUUGUAGGGCAACAAGCUGAAAGUAUGGAAACCUCGCAGGAACCUACUCCAAUACAAAGUUCUCAGGAUUCUCAAGAAACUUGUGACAGUCCAAUGGAAGACCUGAGCAGUUCACAAGAUAUCAUGUCCAGUAGUCAGGGAUCUUUAGAUAGUUCACAAGACUCUGCUAAAUCCAAGGAACCAGUCAAGGUGAAGAAAAUAUUCCGAUCCAAGAACACCAGAGUGGCAGAACUUCAGAAAAAGCCAACACUUCAGAAGUCCCCAUCAAAGGCUGUGUAUAAUGUGAGGUCCACAUGGCAAGCAGAUAUAGAUGAAGAGGAGAGGGUAACAACACAAAAAAAUAAAAAGCGUGAGGCGGAGGGACCACCAAAGCUUACACCUGCACCUCAGGGUAAAACAGCUAAGAAGCCAACAGCAUCAAGAGAGAGUUCCCCUGCGGAGAUGCCACACCUAGUCAGAGCUGUACACUGGGGCAAUAGAGAGGGAGAUGAUGCUUAUACCUCUGUUCAUGUACAUAAAGAACACAAAGAGCUUUAUACUGUUGUAAAGAAUGUGAAAGAAGCUCAUGAAGUUCAGGAACAUGGAGAAACACAAGAGUUUGCUGAUGAUAUUGAAUAUUUGUUAGCAGGUUUGAAAGAAGGAGAACCAAUGUCUACAAGAUGUCUUAGUUGUAUUGGACUUGCCCAGAAAUGUAUUUCUGCAUCAUUUAGAAUGCAUCUGAGAGCCCAUGGUACUGUCUCUGUUAUAUUUGGUAAUCUACAUGAUGCUGGUUCUGACCCUAGUUUAGCCUUAUGUACAGCUUUGAUGAUGUUUAUGUUGAGUCGAGACAGAUUAAACAUGGAUCUAGACAAGUCUAGUCUCAAUUUAAUGUUAAGACUUAUGGAGGUCGAUAACCAAAACAAUGAUGGAGGAAUGACAGCUGCAGGGAAACGAGCUCUCAACAGAAAUAUUGAACGUGCUAAGGAAGUGUAUUUCCAGUUACAGAAGGAAGAUGGGAAAGAACAUCAAGCUGAUCUUGAAAGCGUUUCUACUGGUAACCUUGCAAUGGAGUCGUUACUUAGUCUGACCUCACGUGGAGCUGGGGAAUGGUUUAAGGAAGAAUUACGAACACUUGGUGCUUUAGAUCAUAUUGUAGAUACAGUUUGUUCCUGUAUACAGGCCAUAGGAGAUGAUACAACUUUACUGUAUGAUAGUACUCUAGAAAAUAUCAAGAAAACUGACAGAUGUUUACGAGUAUUGGAAAAUGUGAUAUUUGUGAACACAGAGAAUCAGACAUAUUUAAUGUCAUACAAAUCAGGAAUCAUUGGUUCAUCUUGUUGCAGAGCACUUGAAAUCUGUCAGAAGUUUUUACCCAUUUAUCCCUUACCUGAUGGACAGAAACUAGACAAGGAGUCUUAUGGAUAUGUUGUGUAUAAAAGUAUACUGGCGAUCCUAUCAGUACUACUCAAUCUCACUCAUGAAAAUGAAUUCGCCUGUACAAAAGUUGGAGAACAAGAGGACUUCAUAAGUACAGUAUUAACAGCCAUCUUACAGACUCCACAGUAUGUUCCACAAGAUCUCAGAUACGACAUCCUUAUCCUUUCCCUGGGUUUAUUGAUUAAUUUGGUGGAACACUGUGGUGUAAACAGGAGAAAAGUCCUAGAUUCAAAGACACACAGAUCUUUUGAAUUUGACUGUCUUGGCAAUAAAAACACAGUUCCCGCAGCAAAGGCUCUUGUUGAGGUAUUCUGUAAGAGAUUUGAGACAGCAAAGACAAUGGAUGAACAAGAUUUCUCCCAGGAGUCCACAACACCUCAACAGUCUCCUAACAAGUCUGGUGAAUGGAAGGAGUCAGAGUCAGGAGUGGAAUGGAUAGUUAAUUCGGCCAAGAAAAAUAAAAAUGACCAGAAAACAAAUGGUGAUGUAGAGGAGAGACUAAAACCUGGCAGCAAAGAAGAGGAUUUGGCUGACGAAGAAACGUUUGCUAAAGCAUUACAGAAAGCUGGCAAGCAUAUGGAGAACAGCAUAGUAGCAUCGUACAUUGCUUUAUUACUGGGUUGUGUAAUACAAGAUAACACUGUGUUUGUUAACCAAGUGAAGGAACAUCUACCAUCGGGUAAUUUUGAUGAUAUGAUAAUGAUACUGAAGAAGUUUUUAUCCUUUAUGAGUCUAACAACUGCAGUUGGAAGUUCAGGAGGGAAAUCCAUAGGUCAUGUGAUAGAAGUACUGGAGAGUUGCUAACGUUCGUGUACAGGGUGUCACAUUAACAUAUAAUGGACCAAACACCAGUUUAUUACAUGCCAUACAAAGGCAUUCCUGUAAAACUACAAAUAGUUUUUUCUGAAGGAUUUAUCGUUGUUUUAAUUUUCUGACAGAAAUAUGCAUUUCAGAAUUGAUAACAUGUAUCUCUGGUGAAUCCCAGUUAAGACAGAUUUUGUUAAUGGGUGGUUUUACACAAAAAAUGACAUUUGAUGAAAUUUUUAUAUUUUGAUAGAUCUGGAAAGUCAUAUGAAUUUUAUUAAAUCAUUUAUCAUAAACAUUAGCAAGUCACACAUGGUAAAUUAUUCCUCAUAAAUCACACAUUUAGCAUGUAACAAAACACAAUAUGUCAUAUGUUUUUAUAUAACAUUUUUUAUGUGAGAGAUGAAGUGUACAAACAAAAUUGUUUAUUGUUUUUGUUGUUAAAAUCUGGUCUGUCACAAACAUUCAUGUAUAACAUAAUUUUUCUUAUGUUGUUUGUUUAUCAGUGUAAAUAAUUGUUUUCUUGUAAAUAUCAAUUUUGUAAUCAUUUCAUUAGUUGGUCCAAGAAUGCUUAUCAUUUUGCUAUAUAUCUGGCAAAUUUCAGCCUGUUUUUAGACAUGUGAUUUUUUUUUUUUCGUUUGUAGUAAGUAGUCUAACAUAAAAAUAAUAAUUUGAGGUAGUUCAUACUUAGUUCAGAGGCUUUUCUAUAAUUUUUAAAGUACAUUUGUGCUGAAUAUAUGAUGCAAAAUCAGCACUGACUGUUCUUAAACAAAAUCUGUUUAAACACUUAACUUCAUAUUUCAGAAGCUAUUCUGAUAUACUAAAAGUAGUUCAUUAAACAUUCAGUCAGUUAUCAUAGCCCAGGCAAUACAGUUGCUGACAUAGUAAUACUUGUUUGUCUACAGCCUGUCUGUUAUCACUUUAUUGGCAUCAGAAUUACAUCUUCAUUUCUUUUUAGAUUCCCUUCAAAUUUAAAAAAAGGUUUAUCUUAUCAAAUACUUGAAUUAAAGAGAUUAAAAAUGAGAAAAGUGGAACCUGCGUAGCAAUGUAGAUGAAUAUAAUUAUUAAAAUUUUGAAACAGUGCCUUUGUUUCUUGUCACACAUCUUUUUUUAAAAUUAAAUGAAACUGUUUACUCUAUUCAAACUUUAAUUGUUCAUUUUCAUAAACAAAAAAUCAUUUUUAGGGGUGGGGACUUCUAUCCUUUGUUUAUUAAAUCACAUGAUAUAAUGAUAAUAGCUUACAAAUUCCCUUGCAUAAAUGAUGGGAUGAAAUACAUAAACCUUUACUUAGGGAGUGUUAUUGUUGUGUAAAUAGUCUAUUUACUUAAUUAUGUACAAAUUUCAAAUGAAAUAGUUUGAUUUGUAUUAAUGAAAUCAGGAUUAUUAUGUUAAAUGUUUGUGGUAUCACAGGUGACAUUUUGAAAACAUGGUCCAAGGAAAAGCAAAGGUGCAAAUGUUAUAAUCAGUUGCACAUCCAUUUUAAUAAACAUAACAGAAAAAUAUCAAAAUAUUCUCCUGAUUGCCUGCAUUGUUCACAUGAGAAUCCAUGUUUGUGAGGAUAAUUUUUUUUUGAAUAAUUGAAUAAGUGAUAAAAUUGCAUUAGAAAUAUAACUAAAUUAUUUUUCAUGCCAAAACAAAUUCUUCAUGAAGACCAAAGACUGAGUUUGAAUGAUUUUUUUUUUAUACACAAAUGUAUGAUAAAUGAAGUGGAUUUUGUGGAUGAGUAUGAAGGCAUGCUGGUCAUGGCAUUUUAUUUGACAUUGUAGUUACAAAGACUAUUUAUAUCUACAUGAUAGCCAGUGAAGUACACUUUUCAGGAGGUAAACAUGAACUGUUGUUUAAUUUUUAUUGUUUAUGUUCAAUUGAAACAACUUGAACUUUUAUUGUGCAAUAUUUAUCAUUAAAAAUGAAAUGUCUGCAAAUUUCUAAAGUUUAAAUAGAAUAUAUACAAUAUAUAUUUUUGGUGUUGCUUGUUGAAAAAAGACAUUUUUUAAAGCAACAUAUAUUUGUUAAAGUUAAUAGGGCAGCAUACCAUUUCUGGCAGGGUUGAAAGGAUAACCUAUUAAAUGUGUGAAAUAGAAAAAUUCAGUUCCUCAUACAAUAACUAUAUGAUUAAUUAUUGUUAAUUAUUUAUCAAUGACUUUUGUAUAUGAUGUAUAGUAAAAAAACAAGUGUGAGUUUAACUCCCAAGAAUCAUGAAAUUUGUAUGCAAGAUUUUCCAUUGUGUAAAUGGUAGAUUUCAUCAUGUGUUAGGUUAACAUCUAUGAAAUUAAUAAAUAUGAAAAUACUAUA